AUGUCUCUCAGCAAUGGCAACGCGACACAGAAUGGCACUACAGGAUUUCUAAGCUUCAAUGCCAAACCGCCGCUGGUCUGGAUCACCGGCGACGAAGAGGAGUUCGACGAGACGACGCUUAGGUAUUGGAAGGAAGAAGGCUUCACAACAAAAUACCUCCCCUACAGUCCUACAGCUGACCCUAAUGCCUACCUCGCCAAACUCAAGACCCUCCAUAAUGAGCUUCCCCUCGGUGUUUCGUAUGCUCUCAUCGCCUACGGCACAGCUGCCUCUCUAGUUCUCCGCGCCGCUCUCAAGCCGAUGCCGAGAUUGUGCGCUUUGGUCGCCUACUACCCGUCAGCGGUCCCGAAUCCGCGAGCGAGCUAUCCCUCACAGCUACAGCUGGUGGUGCAUCUUGCCGGAAGACAGGUCGUGCCGCCGACCGAGUUCAAGUCCUAUAGAUACUCAAGAACGGCGCCGGGUUUUGCAGAGCAUGCGAAGCCUGAGUUUGAGGGAGUGGAAGCGGGGUUGGCGUGGGGAAGGACACUGGGGUGCGUGCAGAAGGGUUUCAAACUGGACUCGAGAACGCAGGUCGAAAACACCUGGGAUAGGAUGAAAUUCACUACCGAAUUAUAUGAUGAUGAGUAUGGGUCCGAGAUGGUGAACAUGAUGGUUCCGGAGAACCCACAUGUCACUCAUGGUCCUACUCUCACCGGAGGCAUCGGCGCCCAAGACCUUGAAGUCUUUUACCGGGACUACUUCGACCCAUCCAUAACCCCAGACUCUAAGAUUCGCCUGGUUUCCCGGACGAUAGGUGUAGAUCGCGUAGUCGACGAAAUGGUUGUGUCCUUCACCCACACCAACGAAGUCGAUUGGAUCCUACCGGACGUACCGCCAACGAACAAGAAAGUCGAGAUAGCAAUGGUCAGCAUUGUCGGAGUGCGAGGCGGCAAGUUGACACAUGAGCAUGUGUACUGGGACCAAGCCUCUGUGCUGCUUCAGGUCGGGCUUCUCGAUCCAGAAAAUGUACCGGAGGACCUGAAGGAGGAAGGGUUGAAAAGGCUUCCUGUAGCCGGAGCAUGGCAAGCGAGGCAGAUUCUAGACCCGCAGAAGAGCCGAUACAACGCCUUUCUUCCGUUGAUUUGA